AUGGCCGACGACCUCCUGCAGAUGUUCCAGAGCAUCACGACGAGCGACCACGACGAGCUCGUGGACCAGUUCGCGCACCUGCUGCAGCUCGACGUGCAGACCGCCACGUUCUUCCUCGAGUCGUGCAACUGGAACGUCGAGACGGCCGCGAACAACUACCUCGUGACGCUCGAAGCUGCGGGCGGGAGCAACGACCGAGGAGAGACGACGGACGGCGUGGAAGAUCUGUCGAUGGAAGACGAGGGCGAGGACGGCGGUCACGGCCAAUGGAGUGGAGCGCGUGCACAAGUGCCAAGUGCUGUCCCGUACCAGGCGCAGUGCACAAGUGACUUGUCGGCGCUGCAGCACACGCUCUUGGCCCCCGAGACAGCAGUGCAGUUGCACUGGAGCUUUCUCAAUACGGGACAGGAAGCGUGGCCGACGGAUACGCGACUGCUGUUCGCACAAGGCACGAGUUUCCGCGGGCCAGAGCAAACCAACGUCGUGCCAGCGGUCGUCGGCCAGCGGGUCGAGAUCCACGCGUCACUGUGCAUGCCAUCAGAGCCAGGGUCGUACGCUGGCAGCUGGAGGCUGCACUGCUCGCGGGGGUUCUUCGGCGAUCCGUUCCACUUCACUGCAGAUGACCGACAGCCUUCUUCAGCUGUGGUGGAGGACAUGGACCUGUAG